AUGGUGUCCCGCUUCGUGUACUGCAUUGUGACAGUGGCAGUGUUUGCCGUUCAAUCUCGUGAAGCUCUGGCCGAUGAUGUGGAUUUUCGUGCGUUUGAUUUUGGCGAUGAAGAUACGGAAUUUUUUAGUUCCUAUGAAAAAUCCUUUAACGAACAGGAUUAUUUUCCGACGGAUUUCAACCUUGGUAAUUUGGAAUUAAUAUCGGCUACUCCGCACUUUGCCAAGGCCGAGAACUACAUCAAUCCGGAUGAAGUAAAGCUGGCACGCACGAAACGGAAAACAGCUUCCAGUGAAGAGGAACCGGGUGAUAGUGAAGACGACGAAGAAGAUGGUAAUGACCGAAGUGUUGACGGACCGGAUGGCUACGUUGACCGCUACGAACGAUUUGUCAACCGACACUUCCGAGAUCGAGAUCAGCAACGUAACAAGGAUAACGACGACUCGGAGAAAGAGGCUGGUGGCUAUCAGUAUCGGUUCGAUUUCACUCCUUCGGAUGACUAUGAACGGAUUAAGCAAGAGUCGGAAGCUCAAAGUCGCCGACUCGCUAAGAAUCCUAAGAACUGCCAGGCCUACGAGAAAGAUGGAAUGGUGUGUCACGUGUGCAAGGAUCCAGCAACCGAAACAACAUCGGAAUCCUGCGCCUAUGCAACUGUUCCUCAUCAUAACAAGUUUUCCUAUGUAAAACAGAAACACUACAACAGUAAAGAUAACGAAAAGGAAGAACCAGAGGAUGAUCGCGAUAGUGAUAGUGAUGACGAUGCUGAAGAGGAUGAAGAUGAAGAACACUCCGCUAAGCAAGCGGAAAGCAUCACAUUAAACCCAACGAACCCAACAAAGAAACCGAAAGUGACUCCAACCAAAAAGACCGUUGUCCACACAAAACCUGGCCAAGGGGAAACUAACGGCGGUGGUUACCGUUAUCAGCCAGUCGAUUUGCGUUCGAACAGAAAACGUCCCCAUCAGGUGGAACCCUAUCCGACCACGGCGAGUGUCGUAUAUCCCGCGUACUAUGAUUUCUACACGCAUUUCCUACCCACUCACGGACGCAGUCAGAAGAUUUUGCAAGCGGAACCGAUCACUAGCGAUGAUGUGUACGUGCUGAGCUAUCGGAACGAUGACGAGGUGGCUAAGGUUUUGGCCGAUUUCGAGACACGCGAUUGGUCUAACUGUAAGAAAGGUAUGAAAAAUGACCUGACCUGUUACACUUGCACCGACAAAAAUGGCGUUAAACACGAGGAAUGCAUGUACGUUUCAGAAUCUCGCCAGGUAGGCUCCUCCACGUACGCCAAUGCGCCGGCCACGCAGGCCCCUGAUGUCGCGGCUGUCACCACAAUCGGUGCCCCAAAAGCAACGAAGAAAUCUCCCCUCAAAAAGGCCUCCUCAGAGAAGAAACCAACUUCGCCGAAACAGCAGCAAAUGAACGGCAACGCACGGCGACAGUCGGCUAAGCUGCUGCAGUUGGAACCCGCCGAGCAGCAGGAGGAGGAGACGCACCGAGGAGAGGACCGCCAAACGGUUAAACGGACGGUCACCAUCCGGAGCCACGUUGAUGCCACCGGAGGAGCAACGGGGGGCGCGUUGCAGAAACCGAUGGAAGGCGAACGGGUUAUGCAUUACGAGCACCAUGUUACCCAUGUCCUGUAA